AAAUUGUCUGUAAUAGUAACUGUAAGUAUCUAGACUAAGACAUUAGUAUCUCCGAAUACGUGAAUAUUAUACAAAAAAUAAACAAUUUAUAUUUAAGGUGGUAUUCAUAUAACAUAAAUGAUUUUUAAAUAUCAAUGAUCAAAGUGAAAUUUAAUAUAUAUCAAGAAAUUAUGUAUUUGUUGAGAAACAACUCGCAUAUUUACAGAUUGUGACAACGGUGUUUGCAAAUAAUAAUAAUAAUAUGUAUCAUAAAAUUUUGUUACAAUUUUAGAAACAUUUAAUUGGUAUGACAACAUUGUAAUACUAUUAUUGGAAACGAAGAUCUCAAACAUCGUAAAUAGAAAAACGUGAAUAUGUGUGAUCUUAUAGAUUUAGAUAGCCCUGACAGAAAGGGUUCAUUAAGUUCAAGACUUGCAUCGCCUUUAAUACCAGCUCCUACAGAUAUUAUAUGCAAUAACUAUAAUACUCGAAUGAACGAAACAAGUUCUCUAAUGAUAGGAAAACGAGAUAGUUUAGAAAAUAAUCCUUUUGAUAUGGUGCUACAUAAAACUACGGAAUAUAUUCAGAAAAAGGAUGACCCUUUUGAAAUAACUUUAGAAAAAGCAUUGAAAAUAAAAUGCAAAAAGAAUACCUAUUUAAGAUCAGGUUCCUUUGAUUUACCAGAUAGUCGUAUUUCUAAGAAGAAAAAUAGACAAAAGUUAAAACUGAAUAAAACAUUAGAUGAGUUUUUAAUUAAUGACAAAUUAAAUCUAGACAAUACAAAAGCUAAUAAAAUAACUAGUAAAAGUAUAAUUGUUAAUUCAGGUAAUACUAAUAUAUUAAGCAAUAAUUUUAAAUCAGAUAAUGUUAUACCUACCAUUAAUGUUCAAGAUCUUGAUUUAUCCAUCUUGAAUCAAUCUGUGAUGAAUGAUACGUUAUUUGAAGAAAACAGUGAAUCAAAUAAAAAUGAAAUAAAAUCUAUUUUACAAAAAGAAAUGUUAGUUCCUCAUGCAACUUUAAAAAUUACAAAAUCUAGACGUUCUUUUUCACAAGGAGGAACAUCUCCAAAGAGAUCAGAAUGUCCAUAUCAAAUAUCAUUAUCUGCAUCAUUAAGAACUAAUUCUAAUAGUACAAGUAACAUCUCUUCCUUAAAUUCGCUUGACAUGCUAAAUGAAGGAUUCUUAAAAAGUGAUAGUGGAAGUUCUAUAUCUUCAAAUUUGUCAAAUAUUUCUUCUAUACCUAAAUUAAAUUCUGUUUCUUCAACUAUUAGUUCAUCACUAAUGUUAUCAAAUGGAACUAUGAAUCGAACAUUCCUAGAAAGCUGUUCGUCAGAAAGAUCAGAAAAUACAAAAUUAACUGAAGGUGAAGAUCAUAAUAAAGAAAGAGAAUCUGUAUUAUCACCAACAAAGAAUUUAGAGAUUUCUGUAGCAAAUGUAUCAACAAGAUCCUCAUUGUCUGAUUUAACAGACCGUUUUAAUAAACUUAAAGCAAGAUUAUCAGGGAUUCACAUUCCUCAAAAUUGUACCAGUAAUAAAGAUGAACUCACAUAUAAUUCUCCCAGUGAUAUAAAAGAAUGUACAACUGUAACUGAAAGAAAUGAAAUGUGUGAUAUAAAUAAUAAGUUAAUAGAUGUUGAUAUUUUCACACCAGACAAUAAUUGUAGCAAUGAACACUAUAAAAGUACUAUUUCAGAUACAUCAUCAGAUUCUGUAUUCCUAGAAGGAAAUAAGAUUAAUAAAUCAAUACUUCAGGAAGCAAAACUUCUUGCAAAAACUUUUGAAGAAUUGGCUAUAAAAACCAGUUCGGGCUCAAGCAUUGAUGAUCUCAUUACAAACAAUCCUUCAUGGACAUUAGAGUUGUUACCAGCAUUUGACGAUGAAACUUCAGAAAAUUUAAUUGAAUUGCCUGUAUCUCCUGAUGGACCUGGUUCAAAAUCAAAAAAUAUAAAAGUUACAGAGAAUAAAGAUAAUGAGUCAUAUAAAGAUAGAAAAAACGAAUUUAGUAAUAAAAUGAAAAAAGAUGUGGAAGAUUUAGAAAUGGAACUUGUUGAACCAAUAUCAAUGGAAAAACGUACUACAGCAGUAACACUUUUACUAGAUCUUAAAAAAUUAAUCAAAACAGAAAAGAAUAUAGAAGCAAAUAAAUUAUUGGAAAAUUUGGAGAAAGUUUUAGGCAUUAAUUGUGAGAACAAUACCGAAUUAUUAACUACUUAUUUUAACGCAACCAAUAAUUUAUCAAAGAGUCCACCAAAAUCAAGUAGUAGUUUGGAAGUAAUUAAAAAUGUGGCAGAAAAUAAUAUGGAAUAUAGCAAAGAAGGUAAUUUGACUGGUGAUUCAACAGAAAGUAUUAAAGAAUCAGUAUUCUUUGAAGACAUAAAUUUGAAUGAUGUAAAUACGAGUAAAUGUAUUGAUAAUCAAAAGUACUUAAAUAAUAUAAAUAAUAAAUGUGAAACUUCAGAAAUCGGAAUAAAUAUUGAAAACAUAAACAAAGAAAAAGAUAAAAAUGAAUUUAAUGCUCAAAAAAUAUCUGAAAACGAUUCUUUUUGUAAACAGAAAAAUAACAGUCCAUUGAACGAAAAAGUGGUAAUCGAACUGCUUGCAAACAUAGGAAAAUUAAUAUGUAGGCAGACUGAAGAACAUCCAACUUUGGAUAUACUUAAAAAUUUAGAAAAGGUAUUAAAUGUUGCUUCCAAUAAUUGUAAUGUUGAUAAAGAUACAAAAAGUAAGAAUGAUUAUAUAGAAAUUCAACAAACUCCAAAAAAAUCAAAACUAAAAUCUGAAAAUGAGAAGCAGUCAUCGUUUCUAUCGAAAUCGGUUAAUAGAUUAAGUUUAAACUUAGGACCAAAAAAGCAAACAAUUAGUAAAAAUUUUACUAGAAGAAGUGUAUCUGUAUCUCAAACACCACCAGUUAAAACUCAGUCAGGUCCAUUAAUAUCUGCCAAUAAAGAUACAUCUCAAUUGAAGGAAGUAACAAAACGUUUUCCUAGUGAUCCUGGUUUUGUUAGCCCAGUAUUGAAUAAAAAAGUCAUUAUAAAUAACAAUAAAAAUCAAUUACCAAGAGAUAUGCAAACUAAAACGGGAGCAACCUUAGACCUACAGAAAGAAAAAACUUCGAUGAUAUGUACAGUUAAAAAUAGAUUUAAGAAGAAGAUAGACACUGAUAUAAUAAAUAAAAAGGGACCAAUGAAAGCUAUUCUUCCUAUAGGAAAUAUGCAAAAAAGAGAAACUAUUAAUAAAAAAAUAACUUCAUCUAUUGGAAGUACAACACCACCUCAUAAGAUAAUUAGUAGUACACCUAAUUCCACAACCAACGGACUUCAACCAGUAAAAAAAUCGCGAUCUUCAAAACCGGUAGCUUCAUCAACUCCAGAUACUGAACAAUCUAAAAUGCGAAAAGUACAAUCGCAUGUAGCUAACAGCCCAAAAAAACGCAACUUUUCUUGUGACAUUUCACCAGUAACUACACGUGUAAAUGUCAGUAAUAAUAGUGGGCUAAAUAAUAGUCCAAGAAGAAGUAAUAAAUUACCAUCUCCAAAGAAAACGACACCUAAACGUCGACCAACAGAAUCUGGUAUUCCAAAGGCACAAACACCUCCUAUAAGCAAACGAUUACAUUCUUCAUUCGAGGUCAAAAAUGGAAACAAUAUCCAGCGAAGUCCAUUAAGGGAUAGUAACAAACUUAUCCAUAAAGUAAAGCCGACCAAUUUGAUCUCAAAACUUCAGCGGCACAGUUUUACAAGUACAAAUGUGAUGGACAAAGAAAACAGCUAUAUUUAAUUUAUAAAAUUCCUUUAUAAUUGAUAAUGGUUGUAUUAUUAAACAUACAUAAAGUUUUUUACAA